AUGCAUUUAAUAUUAUUAAACAUAAAUAUAUUACAAAAAACAAUGUGUGCUUUAAAUCUAACCAACGAUUCAGUGGCCGAAAGCUAUGAGAGUAUAGUUAAGCCAAACGAUGAUAAACGCGAUUAUAAGGCAAUCGUAUUAACAAAUGGUCUGAAAGUAUUGCUUAUUAGCGAUAGAGAGACCGAUAAGAGUGCGGCCGCUCUCACUGUUGGCGUCGGCUCUAUGAGUGAUCCCCGGGAUGUCCAGGGAUUGGCUCACUUGACUGAGCGAAUGCUUUUCUUAAGCACCAGGAAAUACCCCGAUGACAAUGAUUUCCAGAAUUACAUUGCUAAUAAUGGGGGCACAUUUACCUCGUGUACUCCCGAAACAUUUACCGGCUAUUCAUUUGAUAUCUCGACUGAGUGUUUUGCCGAAGCACUUGACAGAUUCUCGCAGUUCUUCGUUGAGCCGCUUUUCACGGAGAGUGCGACCGAUCGGGAGAUAAAUGCCGUCCAAUCGGAGUACGAGAGAAAUGUAGCAAUGGAUUGGCAGCGGGAAUAUUACCUUGAUAAAUUCCUAUCAGAUUCCAAACACGAUUAUUGCAAAUUCUCUGGUAAUUUGGAGUCACUUAAAGCAAUUCCGGUGGCAAAAGGGAUUAAUGUUAGACAAGAGUUGCUAUCAUUUCACGAUCGCUGGUAUUCAGCAAAUAUCAUGUCUUUAGUUGUUUUGGGCAAAGAAAGCAUUAAUUCAUUGGAAGAAAUAGUGAUUCCGUUAUUUUCAGUGAUUAAACACAAGAGUGGAGUAACUCUUCCCAAAUGGCAGACAAACCCAUUGACCGCCGAUUGGCUGCGGAAACAGUGUUUUGUGGUUCCCGUUAUUGAUGAGCGCAAACUUACGAUUACUUUUCCUAUUGAAGAUAUGUCACAAUACUAUCGAUCAAAACCCGACGAAUAUUUGGCAGAACUGAUCGGACACGAAGGUCGGGGCGGUUUGCUAUCGGAGCUGAAGGCCCGGCACUGGUGUACACAGCUCUACAUGUGGUCGUAUUGCGGUUUAUACAGAGGUUUUUCAUUUUUCAAUAUAUGCGUCGAUUUGACUGAAGAGGGUAUUAACCGCACCAACGAUAUCAUUGCACUCGUGUUUCAAUACAUAAAUUUGCUUAAAAAUGAGGGCCCAAAACAGUGGGUUUUUAAUGAAUUGAAACAACUUAGUAAUAUUGAAUUUCAAUUUAAGCCCAAAAAUGAACCAGGUUGGAUUGUGCAGAAUUUGGCUUAUAUACUUCAAUUCUUUCCGAUUAACGAUUGUCUUUCGAGUUAUCAUGUGAUGGAUGAGUACAGACCAGAACUGAUCGCACAAUUGCUCAAUGAGUUGAGCGCCGAUCGGAUGCGAGUGAGAGUUGUGGGCAAACAGUUUGAGUCAAUCUCCGAUCGGACGGAGCGAUGGUAUGGAACCAAAUACUCACUCCAAGACAUUCCUCCGGAGAAGAUUCAGUUGUGGCUAAACAUCGGACUCAACGAUCGUUUAGCACUUCCGCCGCCCAAUGACUUCAUUCCCUAUAAUCUAAACGUCAAACCAAUUGAAGACAUCAAUCAAACAGAGCCUCAAAUGAUUAGAAACACAGAGUUUUCUCGGAUUUGGUAUUUACAGGACUUUGAAUUCAAAAUACCAAAAGCCAGCUAUAGUUUUACUCUAACAAAUCCACUCAUAUCUGAACAUCCCUUUAAUAAAAACGCCGCCAAACUCUUUACACAAUUAUUCCGGGAUUCAAUCAGUGAAGAGAUAUCUGCGGCAAAAUUGGCACAAUUUUGGGUUCAUAUCUACUCAACGGAUAAUGGGAUUACUAUUUUCAUUGACGGCUAUAACGAUAAACUAAAUACUUUGCUCGACAUUGUUGUCAACAAAUUAAUUACUUUUAAAAUUGAUCCCAAAAUGUUUGAUAUAAUCAAAGAUAUAUACAUACAUGAUCUGAAAAAUAGCCAUGGUGAUCAGAUGGUACAACUGCUGGGGAGGAAUAUGUUAAACAUAACCACUGAUCGUAUUUGGACUGACGAAGAGCUCAUACAAACUGUCGAUGACUUGACUAUCGAUAAUGUUUCACAAUUUAAGGAUCAAUUUCUAUCCCGUUUUCAUAUCGAGGCCUUUAUCUAUGGAAAUGUACUCAAAAGUGAAGCCAUCGCUGUUUGCGAUUCAUUUGAACACAAAUUCAAGUCUCAGCUCAAGACUAAACCCAUCGCUCUUUCGCAGCACUUCUUGAAUCGUGAGAUCCAUUUGACUGAAGGAUCCAAUUAUGUGUUUGAAACCAAGACUUCAGUCCAUAUGAUAAAUGGCAUUCAAGUCUAUUAUCAAAUCAGUGUUAAAAACAACAGAACUAUUGCAUUAACAGAAUUAUUGAAACAAAUAAUAAAACAACCAUUUAUUGAUGUAAUGACUAAUAAACAACAGUUGGGAAACUUUGUAGGAAUAUCUGUUGGCGGUGAACGUGGAAUCAAAUUUUUCAUUGAAUCUGAUUAUAAGCCGAGUUUUCUAAACGAGAGAAUCGAGGCUUUUAUUCAAUGGAUUCACAAAUAUAUGGAAGACAUGAAUGAAACAGAUUUUGAGACUCAAAGACAGGCAUUGAUUACUAGAAAACUUGUGAAACCGAUAAAUAUUUACACAAAAUUUAAGAAAAUUUUGAAUGAAAUUGAAUCAAAAGAAUGUAAUUUCAAUCGACAGGAGUUUGAAGUAAAUGCUAUUAAAGAGCUUUCAAAACAAGAUAUCAUUCACUUCUUUAAGAAACAUCUGUCCCACGACUCCCCCGAUCGCCGCAAACUGACUGUCAGUAUAGUGACUGAUAAUCCAAUCAAUGAAACGGAUGGAAAAGAUGUCAACACCGAUGAUAUGCCGACACCGACUGAAAUAGUGGAAUGGACACGAAUUGAAAACAUAACCCAAUUUAAGGCACAAUUCGGUCGCUAUUCGGGUACAGAGUGUGGCCACGGGAUGGAUAUUCCUGUGUUAGAUUGUGUCAAUGCUGCCAAUGGCUACAGACAACGGAGUUUAAGCCUUUCCACUCAUCAAUACAGGGCUUAA